GGGGCUCGGACCAGUACGGAGCGCCUGGAGGGACAGCCCGGUACGCGGCCCCCGCCCCUUCGUACGCGCGCUGGGCCUAGCUGCUGCUCUCGGCCGGGGCUAACCCGCCACCCUCGGGAACCCCUGUCCCAGCAGCCCCUCUACCUCAGCCGGCCCGCUCCUGGAGCGAGACAGAAACCCUUUUCUGUCGCGUCCCCUCCUUGCGAGCCGCAGGGGGACCGAGCGGAGGCUCUUGGAGACGCAGCCCCAGCCCAGGGUGCUUGACUCUCUCUCGGAACGGGGCGGGGAAGGGGCACGAGUGACCUCGGGGAGGGAAGGGCACUGGCAGAAAGGACGCAACUGCACAUCGGUAGCCGGAGGCCGCCACGGUAAAAUAAGCGCCUCGCAGAUGUCCGCGCCCGGGUCACGUUUAGACCUGGGACGCAGAAUCCACGCCCUGCGCUCACGGGCCCACGCACGCACAGCUGAACUUUGCAGUCACCAUAGUUCCAGAUCAUUAAGUGUUCAGGAUCCAGCUCCUCCGCGUCCUGUGCCUGAACGCGGUCGGACCCGGGAGCCCUGAGGCUCCCAGUUUGGGACAUUCCCUUUCUCUCUGACCACGAGCUUGGGGAUGUGUCAGGUGCAAAGUGCCAGAAUAUAUGGGGGGAGUGUAGCUCCAGGCUUGUUCAGAGCCCUGUCCUGUUUAGGGCUAAAGGAAUAACUGGGAAGGUAGAUGCGAGGCCAGCGAAUCCUACCUUGGAACUCUGCUCGCCUGCCGGCUCUGGCACUCCAGCAUCUGAAAGGAGAUACAGGCUCACUGAUGGCUCAGUUGGGAGCAGUUGUGGCCGUGGUUUCCAGUUUCUUUUGUGCAUCUCUCUUCUCAGCUGUGCACAAGAUAGAAGAGGGACAUAUUGGGGUAUAUUACAGAGGCGGUGCCCUGCUGACUUCGACCAGCGGCCCAGGUUUCCAUCUCAUGCUCCCUUUCAUCACGUCAUAUAAGUCUGUGCAGACCACACUCCAGACAGAUGAGGUGAAGAAUGUACCUUGUGGGACUAGUGGUGGUGUGAUGAUCUACUUUGACAGAAUUGAAGUGGUGAACUUCCUGGUCCCGAAUGCAGUGUAUGAUAUAGUGAAGAACUAUACUGCCGACUAUGACAAGGCCCUCAUCUUCAACAAGAUCCACCACGAACUGAACCAGUUCUGCAGUGUGCAUACACUUCAGGAGGUCUACAUUGAGCUGUUUGAUCAGAUUGAUGAAAAUCUCAAACUGGCUUUGCAACAGGACCUGACCUCCAUGGCCCCUGGGCUGGUCAUUCAAGCUGUGCGGGUGACAAAGCCCAACAUACCUGAGGCAAUCCGCAGAAACUACGAGUUGAUGGAAAGUGAGAAGACAAAGCUGCUCAUUGCAGCCCAGAAGCAGAAGGUGGUGGAGAAGGAAGCAGAGACAGAGCGGAAGAAGGCACUCAUUGAGGCAGAAAAAGUGGCACAGGUGGCUGAGAUCACCUACGGGCAGAAGGUGAUGGAGAAGGAGACUGAGAAGAAGAUUUCAGAAAUUGAAGACGCUGCAUUUCUGGCCCGGGAGAAGGCAAAGGCGGAUGCUGAGUGCUAUACUGCUAUGAAAAUAGCCGAAGCCAAUAAGCUGAAGCUGACCCCUGAGUAUCUGCAGCUGAUGAAGUACAAGGCCAUUGCUUCUAACAGCAAGAUUUACUUUGGCAAAGACAUUCCUGACAUGUUCAUGGACUCCGUGGGCAGUGCGAACAAGCAGUCUGAGGGGCUGGCUGACAAGCUAACCUUCGGCUUAGAAGAUGAACCUUUGGAGACAGCUACUAAGGAGAAUUAAAAAAAACUUUAUACGACUGCAAAUGAUACUUAGGCAGAUCUUUAUUUUUUAAGAUGAAUCAGAAUGUUCCUGCCUCCCCCACUACCUUCUUUGACUGUCUUCAAGUUACUGUGGUGAAAAAGAAGAACUGAACUUAAAUCUACUCCCCUUCCAGGGAGGGGAGGGUGGGGACUGAAGAUAGGGGCUUUUAUUUCAGGUAAGCAGUUUAUAUGACUUCCAAUAAGAUUUGUAAACCAUGGGCUUGACCUUUGACCUCAAGACACUAAUCCUUUGAGGCUGGCUUAAUUAGGGAUGCUAUCAUUAAGGGAGGGGAGAAAUGUACAGUGUUGCCUCCAACUGAUUUGAUUUCCCUUAUUUGGGAAAAUGUAGUCCAGUAUUCUCACCUCUGCCUCUGAGGUGGGGGAUGUCUGUGAGUGAGGCUCAGCAACUGAGCAAAUAUGUGCUUGUGAGUUUGCCAGCAGAGCUGUGGAGAAACAGCUGCAGAGAACGUUCGACCCUCCUGGCAUUUUUGUCCACAUGUAUAUGAGUUAUUUUAGAGGCAUGCUUUCCUGAGCCCUCAUAAAGAAGUACUGGUGCUAGGUUUUGCAAAAUUUUACAUACAAUUUGCUCCUUGCCCUAGGGCCCAGAGUGGUGGUUUCUGACUGUAUUUCUAGAGUUAGAGCUUGAUCACCACCACUCAGUUAUUUCUGCAACUUUUCACCUAUCCUGUGAUUUUUUUUUCUUCUCAAAUAAUCUGUUCAUUGGUUCCACUCAGCAUCAAGAAGACAGGGACAAACAACUCAAGUGUCUUAAUAGCUGCUGGAGUAGGAUCCUUGUUAUCUCUUAGCCACUGCAGGACCUGCCUGACAGAUUAUGCAUGCACCUCGAGAUGAAGUGUCUUUCUAUUGUAGAAGCUCUACAGUGAAGAGGUCUGACCCUGUGUGCGGCAACAGGAAUGAUCAGUCAAGAGAUGUCCUAGUCUUAAUGCCUGUGCCUUGUGCUGGGAGUGGGUCUGGCUUGGUGAUAAAAGGACUCUAUUCACUAAGUGGCCUGUGUUUUUGACAGGUCAGACAACAUUCAGUCUCCAGAGACAGCUGUGUGGAGCAAGUCAGAGUUCAUGCCCAAGUCCCUGGGUUGGAAUGGCUGCGCCAAAAAUCUAUUCAAAGGGUUUUCUUUUUCAUUACUAGCUCAGAAAAUUUUGAGUCACCCUGGGAGAUUCAGGAUGGGGAGAGCAAACUUGAGCAAAAAGUUUUCUUAUAUCCUGAGAUUGGGGUGAUGGGGAGCAUCUGACCUGUGUAGCCUAUGGGUUUUGUCUAGAAUCAAGUGGAGGGCAGCUAUCUGUAGUUAACUUGCAAGCAUAUCGGUGCCCUCCAUGACCAGCUCUGGCUUAGGACUUGGCCCUGUUAUGAGCUAACUCCUGUACAACUCCUACUGUACCCCUCUUUCCUAGGUGAAUCUGUGAAUGGUCCCUUCUGGCAGCAAUCCCUGCCUUAUUUUUGGGCCCAUGCCCAGAUUUCUGGUUUAAGGAAUUUCUGGUCCCAGAACUUGGGCCAGCUUGCUCAGGAGUUUUGGGAGCCUUGAGCCUGCCUAGAAAGAUACAAUGUUAGCUCCCCUUACUUCAAAGUUGCCCUUCUCUGUUAAAUUCCUGGGACUUCCAGUCCUGGACACAAUUUUUGCAGGCAACAAAAUGUUCCUGGGAAUGAUGGAUUUUAACAUGCUCCAGAGUCCUUUCAGAAGGGGUCAUUUCCCUUGGCCGGGCACAGUGGCUCAUGCCUGUAAUCCCAGCACUUUAGGAGGCCAAGGCAGGCAGAUCACCUGAGGUUAGGAGUUCGAAUCCACCCUGGCCAACACGGUGAAACCCCAUUUCUACUAAAACUAGAAAUAUUAGCUGGGCAUGGUGGCAGGCACCUGUAAUCCCAGCUACUUGGGAGACUGAGGCAAGAGAAUCGCUUGAACUCAGGUGGCAGAGGUUGCAGUGAGCCGAGAUCGUGCCACUGCACUCCAGCCUGGGUGACAGAGCAAGACUCCAUCUCAACAAAAGGAAAAAGAAGAAGGUGGUGAUUACCCAAGACCAGCACAGGGGGUAUCUAUUUAAAAUACACUCAUCUUCCUCCCAUUUCUAUGCUAUUAAUCACUUGUUAGGGCAACAUGACAUGCCAAGCAUCCCCACUUCCCAUGUAUGUGUGUACCUUCCACUCUGAGCUUUUGCUGCCUAGGCCUCAGAAAACACCAGUUCACCACAAUAGAACCAGGAGCAGGGAUAGCUCAGCUUUUCUGAAUACCAUGCUUUGCUCAAGUCUGAACUUGAGGGCCUCUGCAGUACUAACAUCCUGUGAUAGCGUGUCCCAUAACCACGAAAGAGCCUCAGGAGAGUCAAGUCCAGCUGCAGCUGCCCUGCCCCAAGUUACUGUCAUUUCCUCUGUAAACAAAAAAUAUGUUGCCGUACCCAUUAGUGUCAAUCCAGUGGUUGUCUCUAUCUGUCUAAAUAGCAAAAUCAUAGAAAUCAGCUGUUUUCUUUGCAUAGGACAGCUAACCCAUCUGUCUGUAUGAUUUUAACACUCACUAGAAAAUCUAAUCUUAAAACAUUUGAAUUCUAAACAUGUAAAAUGUGAGAACCUGCAAUUUUGUAGACAGUGAAGUAAUGGCUGCUAUUUAUAAAUGGAAUGUCUAUCAAAAUUACUGUUUAUAAAAUUCAGUUUUUGUAGGAUUAUCCAAGGAAAAAUCACCUUGAUUGAAUGUUUCUCACUCAUUAAACUUUGAAGAAGUAAUUCA